AUGUUAUGCUUCUUCAUAAAGAUCGUGGACACCUUCAAGUACGGUUUGUGGAGGGGCAGCUUUAUCAUAGCUGACAAAAUGUCCAAGGCCGAAGCCAGAAGCAAAUUUGAGGGCGUGUUUUACGAACUUAUCGAGGAAAUCGAUGCUGUUGUAGCAGAGACCAAGAUUGCGCAGCCUGCGCGUGAUUGGAUUCGCGAGAAUCUCAAAUACAACACCAUCGGCGGCAAACUGAACCGCGGCCUGUCGGUCAUUGACACCUACAAGUUGGUCACAAACAAGAGUGAGCUCACUGAGGAGGAAUAUAAGAAAGUCGCUGUUCUGGGCUGGACUAUUGAACUUUUGCAAGCUUACUUCCUUGUUGCCGACGAUAUCAUGGAUGCGUCUAAGACUCGCCGCGGUCAACCCUGCUGGUACUUGAAGCCUAACGUUGGUAUGAUCGCCAUCAACGAUGCUUUCAUCCUUGAGAGUGUUCUCUACCUGCUUUUGAAAAAGUACUUCCGUAAUACCGACUACUAUGUUGACCUGCUCGACCUGUACCACGAGAUUACCUUUUUCACUGAGCUUGGACAGCUUCUCGACCUCAUUACUGCUCCGGAGGACCAGGUCGAUCUCAGUCGCUUCUCUCUAGACAAGCACACCUACAUUGUGACCUACAAAACGGCUUUCUACAGUUUCUACUUGCCUGUUGCUUUGGCCCUUUACAUGGCCGGCCUGGCAACCAAGUCGAAUCUCGAGCAGUGCAAGAAGGUUUUACUUCCCCUCGGUGCCUAUUUCCAGGUUCAGGACGACUACCUCGACUGCUACGGUGACCCUGAGGUCAUUGGCAAGAUUGGUACCGAUAUCCAGGAUAACAAGUGCGGCUGGGUAAUCAACGUCGCUCUUGAGCGUGCUUCUCCGGCCCAACGAGAAAUUCUCGACAACAAUUAUGGCCGUAAGGAUUCCGAAGCUGAGGCUCGUGUGAAAACUGUAUUCAAGGAGCUCGAUAUUGAGCCUUACUACCACCAGUACGAGGAUAAGGUGGCCGGCGAGAUCCGCACCCUCAUCGACAACGUUGACGAGUCUGAGGGCCUCAAAAAGCAGGUCUUCACUGAGUUCUUCAACAAGAUCUACAAGCGUCAAAAGUAA